AUGAGCGUAAAAACUGACAUAUCAUCAGCAAACAGGUGUUUAAUUAUUCAGCUAAUGCUAUUUUCAGUAGAGAAUGGAAAAGUCACGAAAAUGAAUGGUUACGGUAUAAAAGCAGUACCUACAGAGAAAAUCAUGAUCUGCACCAAAGUGUACAAGGUUGAUAGUGCGAUAUUCCACCAUGGCCGCAACAUAACCGAAGGGCAUUAUACAAGCAUGCUUCGAGAAGGGACGUCUGCCUGGGUGAACGCUAAUGACGCGAACAUCAGAAAACAACCCUGGCCAAGAAAUGCUAAGGACGCAUACAUAUUCUUCUUGCGGCAAAUCUAA